AUAGAUUCUAGGGUUCCAGAUGCGUCCCCCAAAUCAACCGCCGCCGGCGGCGGCGGUCGAGCGCAUCUAUAAGCCCACAAGCUGCGAACCGCGGCUCGAGGAUCAACAUCGGGAGAGAUCGGAGCUUCACAAGAAGAUCGCCGACUCGUAUGAUCAUGUCCGCAAGCGGCUCGCCAUGGCCACGGCAUUCAAGGAUGAGACCUUCGUCGGCGCCGGCCUCUCCGUUGGCCUUCUCGACCCGGCCACGAACAUCAUCUACAACACCCUCACCGCCUCCGACCUCCGCGCCGACGAGACCCGGGGCGUUCUUCAGCACCGGGACAUGGCCGAGCGCUCCCUGGCCGGCCUCGUCGCCUUCCUCACCUCCUUCUUCCGCUACCUCGCGGAGUGGGAGGCCGUGCGCUACCUGCUCCGCGCCGACACCGACCUCGUCUACGCGAUGCGCCUCGUCGCGCACGACCGGUGCCUCUCCUCCUUCCAAAUCAACUCUGACACCGGCAGGUCCGUCGUCCGCACCGCCCUCACCUGCGCGGCGCUGGCCUCGAAGCACAUGGAUCCCCACCACCUCGUCCGCUCCUGGCUGUCGCCGGUUCGCCCUCUGGAAGAAGCCGUCCACGCGAUCCAGAAUGACAUCAGUAAUUUCACCUGUGUAUUCAACCCACUGCAUCAUGCUCGCAAGCGCCCUCGUAUGACAAUGCAGCCCCUUGAUUUCGCUUGGAGGCGCGCAUUGGAGCUCCCUGAGUUACCACCCUCCGUCGUGCCGUAUCGACCUUACAAUUCCAUGAAGUUUGUGCUCCUCCAGCGCAUCCACGCCUUCUACCUGAAGGCACUUGCUCUGCUUCCGGCGAGUGAGCUCCGGUCUUCCUACCACCACAGCAUGCUCGAGGCUGGCCACUGCUAUGGCCCAUUCGAUCCCGUCGCCAACAUCAUCAUCAACACAAUCUGGUAUAACACCGUCUCCCCGCCGACCAAAAAACUUGAGCUUGACAUGAUCAGUACCAAUAGCCUGUUACGCAUCGAGGCUCGCUCCUUCUAUGGCCUUGUUUCUUUCCUCUGCACUUCGGGCAAGAAACUCUAUGAAGCCAUGCGCUUCUUGCUCAUUUCUGAUUGCACUCUUGGGGAUAUGAGCUUUCUGAACGCUUUGGCUGGCUAUGGGGAUUGAAGCAAAAUUUGUAAUGCCUUCAGGGUUGCUGGUGUGGCUGCUUGGCACCCCGACCCUGUCGCGCAAGCAGAGUUUAUUUCCUCAUGCAGUUAUCCAUUCUCAAGUCCGACGAUUACUGCUCCACUCGACUCUGCUGAUGUUGACCGCAUUACCAGAAAGAUGUUUCAAGGGCUCCCUACCACCCCUGGCAAUUCGCUGCGGCAUCAAUCUGUUCCCAUGCACAAGAUCUGCCGUCGUGUUCAAUGUAAAAUUGACCAAUGGAUGCACGAGUAUACAGCAGUCUCUAAGAAAGUCAAAGCAGUGCUGGCCUCAUAUGCACUCGCCUCAUACAGAGAACCCAUGUAUCUUCAUGUUAUUUGUGGCGUCAACCAUAAUGUGUCUGGCCCCGAGUACUGUUAUGAUACUGGCACACCCGUUUCCAUAUACCAACACACUCAUGUUAAUUUUCUGGCAAGUCGAAGAGAUGGAAAUCCAGAACUCUUCUUUGCUGAACUUAGCAAUGACGAGGCAGACGAUGGAGGUGGGAAGGUCUUGUGUUGUCCUGUGAAUUUUCCACAACCAC